GCUGAUAUUCCACCUUUUUAGAUACGAAUUACUCGCACAAAACGCAAAGUUCCACAAAUUGGUUAAAAAUUAAAUAAAAAACCAAAAUGCUGCGUUCCUUGCUGGGGGCACAAAAGUGCUGGGCCUUAGUCCGGGCCAGAAAUCCCUUAGAGCUGACCGCCAAGAUGGCUCCAAUUACCUGGGCGGCGUCCAAUACCCGUCACUACUCUCCUCCAACCCACAUCAAGCAGUCUGCGGUGGCCAAUGAGUCUGGAACCAUGGCGCAGAUCAAGCAGGAGAUGAUGAAGCGUUUGGGCCUGGAACCCGGCUAUAAUCCCCUGCCCAAGUCCCGGGAGCAUCUGCUAAAGUACCAACCCAAGUUGGAGGAUCUGCCGGCACGGGCCAUGCAGGAUUCCUUUACCUCGGCCAUUAUACCUUUGAGCACAGACCGCUCGCUGCAGGACAAGUAUGUGACCUAUCUGGGCAGCGUGAGAAUGGGCAGACUCCUGGAGGAUAUGGAUAUGUUUGCGGCUUGGUGCUGUCACAAGCACCUGAAACUGCCCAAUCUCCCUGAGGGCGUCCACCUCCCUUACACCUUUGUUACCAUCCUGGUGGACCGCAUUGACUUCACCAAUGUCCUGGCCUCCGGCACUCAGGAUAUCCGCCUAUCUGGUCACGUUUCCUGGGUGGGCACCAGCUCCAUCGAGGUGGUGGUGUGGCUAGAACAGCUCGUCGGUGGAAGCUAUCAAAAGCUGACACGUGCCCUGUUCCUGAUGGCGGCCAGAAAUGCCACCAACACGGCUGCUGCUCCGGUGAAUCCCAUACAGCCGGCAAAUGAGGAGGAAAAGGUGAUCCUGGCGGGUGGGGCUGACAGGAAGAAGAAACGCCAGAUACUCUGCGCCCAGUCGGUGUUCAAGGUGGAGCCCAACGACCCAGAGCAGACGCUGAUGUACGAGCUGUACAAGCGGACCACGCCCAGCAACACCUUGGAGCUGAACAAGCGCAUUCUGCCGCCCAACUGCCGCUGGAUGGAGGACUCCUACCAGAUGAGCACGAUUCCCUCGUUUCCGGAGCACAGGAAUCACCACAAUCGGGUCUUUGGUGGCUUCCUCAUGCGCAGUGCCUUGGAGAUCAGCUGGGCGGCAGCCUUCCUCUACUGCAAGACGCGGCCCAAGCUGGAGCACAUCUCGGACAUCAGUUUCGAGAAGCCGGUGGGCGUGGACAGCUUCAUCAAAAUGACGGCCUAUGUGGUCUACACCAAGCUCAACUAUGUGCAAAUCAUGACCGUGGCCGAUGUGCUGGACACGCACACGGGCAACCAGGUGACCACCAACACGUUUUACUACACUUUCUCGGCUCCCGAUACGGUCACCGAGGUGCUGCCGCGAUCCUAUCACGAGACAAUGUGGUACAUCCAAGGACGUCGCAAGUUCGAGGCCAGCAUGGGUCUCAAAUAGGUAUGAAGCUGCAUCUUGUGAGUGUUUUCUCUCCCCAAAUGAUAAUUAUGCAAGGCUAUGGCUUGAGAAUUAUGAUAUUACCAACAGUUUUAUGUGUCGUCCUACUUGGAAGUACUUGUAAUAGUUUGUAUUUAAAAACCAUUAAAUAUUACAAUUCUGAACGGAAAAUCGUUGCAAUUU